AUCUAAAUGAGUGUGGGCUAAAGCCGCGGCCGUGCAAACACCGGUGUAUGAAUACCUUCGGGAGCUACAAGUGCUACUGUCUGAACGGCUACAUGCUUAUGCCAGAUGGAACGUGCUCAAAUGCUCUUUCUUGCUUGAUGGCAAACUGUCAGUAUGGCUGUGAUGUGCUGAAAGGGGAAGUGCGCUGCCGCUGUCCUUCUCCAGGACUACAGCUAGGGCCUGACGGCAGGACUUGCAUAGAUAUUGAUGAAUGUGCUACUGGGAGAGUCAUCUGUCCACAAUUUAGGCACUGCGUGAAUACUUUUGGAAGCUACAUUUGCAGGUGUCACAAAGGCUUUGAUCUAAUGUACAUCGGAGGCAAAUACCAAUGCCAUGAUAUAGAUGAAUGUUCCCUUGGGCACCAUCAGUGUGGUAGUUUUUCACGAUGUUACAAUAUCCCUGGAUCCUACAAAUGCAAGUGUAAAGAAGGGUACAGAGACAAUGGAACAAACUGCAUACAAAGACCAGUGAUCAGGCCAACAACUCAACCUACACCCAGGCCAACAACUCAACCUACACCCAGGCCAACAACUCGACCUACACCCAGGCCAACAACUCGACCUAUACUCAGGCCAACAACUCAACCUACACCCAGGCCAACGACUCGACCUAUGCCCAGGCCAACAACUCAACCUACACCCAGGCCAACAACUCAACUGACAGCAAAGCCAACCCCUAGGUAUGUGCCAGUGACAACAAGGCCGGUAACAAGGCCUCCACCUCCAACACCACCUCAACCUACAACAUUAAGACCUACACUACCACCACAAACCACUCCCCAGAUAACAACUGAAGAGCCUUCACAUGUUCCCAUUGAAACUACAUCUUCCCAAGGAAUUACAGAUGACAACAGGAUCCAGGUAGACCCUCAGAAACCCCGAGGAGAUGUGUUCAUUCCACGCCAGCCUGGAGUGAGCAAUAAUCUGUUUGAAAUACUUGAAAUUGAAAGAGGGAUUACUGCAGAUGAAUUUGAAGCAAACGAUGACCCAGGUGUGCUGGUACACAGCUGUAAUUUUGAUAGUGGACUGUGCGGAUGGAUCAAAGAUAAAGAUGAUGACUUGCACUGGGAGCCAGUGAGAGACACGUCAGGCGGGCAGUACCUUACCAUCUCUGACCCCAAAGGCAAAGGAGGAAGAGUAGCGCGUCUUAUCCUGCCGUUGGGCCACACGGCUCAGGCCGGUGACUUGUGCCUGUCGUUCAGGCAUAAAGUGCCUGGGCUGCAUUCUGGCACCCUCCAAGUCUUUGUAAGGAAAAACGGUGCUCAUGGACCAGCUGUCUGGGGAAGGAAUGGUGGCCAUGGCUGGAGACAGACACACAUAACUUUACGAGGACAAGGCAUCAAGAGUGUUAUCUUCAAAGGGGAGAAAGGGGAAGGAAGAACUGGAGAUAUUGGACUAGAUGAUGUGAUCUUGAGGAGAGGAUGCUGCUCUGAAGAUCAUUAG